CUAUUUUUGCAAAGGAAUUGUCAAUCUUUAAAGUGUACAAAGUCGCCAAGGGCGGCGGUUUCCGUGAGGCAAAUGGCCAACCUCGUGACGCCUGCCACAGUUUUAUUUCUCCUGUCCGAAUGUCGCUCUCCCCGCGGUUGUCCACGGUGGAGAUGUCCACCUGCUCUGAGUCGCGGUCAUCAUCCAGCGGUCUUUGCGGUGAAGCUGCUACGGACACGGGCGAGGACAAUACAGAGCGGUCAGUGAGGAUUCCCACAGCAGUCAGGAACACUUCGUCGCUCGACCAUGACUCCAUCGAAGGGUUCAUGGUCGUGCAUCAAAAGAAAAAGCAGCGUCAGCGCUUUCUCAUGUCCAAAUCGACACACUACGUUGUGGCGAACACCACGAAGCACACACUGGAAAUUUACAAUAAUGAGUCGCGCUCGGAGCUUAUAUACUUGUUAUCUCUUGCAGAUGCAGUGCUGAGUUUUGAAUCGGACAACGCCAACAUUGUGAUGGAAAAGUGUUUCUGCGUGGAGGUUAGAACAUGGAAGAAGAAAAAUACUGUCCGCUUGCAGCCCCAAGGUUUCAUAUUCUUCGAGGAGAAUCAAGCUCGUAUGCUGCUUUGGGUUAAGUGCAUCCACGGGGCUAUUAAACGAGCUACCACGUUGGACAGCGAACUAUUCCGAAGUCCCUCAACUGCGUCGUCGUCGAUUGAGCCUGUUUGGAGCUACAGUGAGAACGAUGAAUCGCGAGUAAAAGUGGACGCUAUCCCCUCCGUUACUGUCUCUGAGGAAGAUUCUUUGUGUGCAUCAAAUGUUGCUAGCCCGGUCAUAAGCCCUACAACCAGCUCAGCGUUUGCUACUGCUCGAGAGAAACUCACACAACGUCUUGCAAUCGGAUCUUCAAAUCGAAUUGCUUCGGCCGGUCGGACGAUGAUGACACCGACCCGCUCAUCCAGCUCGAGUGCAGAGCGACAACCGAAUCGCUGGGGCUCCAUUUUUUCUUCAAAUGACAAGCAGCAUCAAACGCGAAGUCCAAUGAGCAGCACAGCGACAGAUGCUUCAGCAUCGAUUGAAACCACUGCAUCUCCAAGGCUUAGCUUCAAGGGCAAGAGAUCUUCCAAAACGGCCACAGAUGUGUCAUCAGAGACAGCACCCAGCCAAAAUAUAGAGACCAUAUCCUCGUUUCUUUCCCGUUCAAGUCGAGCGAAGACCUCGACUGCAGUUCCCAGCAAAAAUGACAUUGUUCCUACUGGAAACCUCGCAGAGGUGGUACCUGUACAACCUGCAACUACAAAGCGAGACAUCAGCGAAGCAUUACCAACAGAAGCAAACCAAUGGGACACAUCUGCUGAGCUGGUGGAUGAUCCGGGGCCUGUUGCGCUUCGCGUGCUAACAAUUAUGCUAACCAUGACUACUAUCGCUGGAGUCUUGGGUGCAUCCGUCUUCCUUCCUAUUGCACUGGCCGGUUCUCUUGCACAUUUCUACAACCAGCAUCAGUGCUUUUCAACCUGGAUUCUCUCUUCUGUUGCGGUGUAUCUCGCCAGUAGAUAUCAUGUGCUCUUUGGUAUCGGCACUGCUAGCACUCUCCUUUAUAUGUGGGGAUACGCUAGAUUCAAGACACGUCGACGGUAUCGCCUGCAACGAAAAGUUGUUAUGCACUUUGGGGGAUCUGAAACAAAAGAGGAUAUUGCUCAUGUUGAGAUUCCAAAUUGGAUGCGAUAUCCGGACGUGGAUCGAGUGGAGUGGCUGAAUAAAGUAUUUGUCACUGGCUGGCCUUAUCUCAAGAAAGCUAUCGAAAAUUCGGUUCUUGGAAGCGUAAACCCAGCGCUAGACGCGCAAAAACCUGCAUUCAUGAGUUCGCUGUCACUCGUGCGGUUAAACCUGGGAAAUCAGACGCCGCAAAUUGCUAGUGUCAAGUACAUUUCCGCCAAUACGCUGACGGACGAAGUGACGCUGGACGUGGAGGUUCGUAUUCUCACGGACAAGAAAACCUUCGCCGCGGAUCUCAAGAUGGUGUCGAAUUUAGGGGCAGCAGUCUGCUUGUCGUUGCGUGAGCUCCUCCUUGUCGGCACCUUACGUAUCACUCUAAACCCAAUGGCAGAAUUCUGGCCGUGCUUCGGGGGUCUCAAUUUGUGUUUCACAGAGCGGCCAUUGUUCGACUUCUCGCUCACCGCCGCCAAAAUCAACAUUGCAAACGUCCCGUUCGUAUCCGAAUGGCUCCACACCUUUCUGUACGACCUGCUCCACGACUACUUCGUCUGGCCCAACAUGCUCAACAUCCCGCUCUGGGACGAACAUGGCAACCGUGUACAAUAAACAGAGCCAAGCUAGCUCCACAAGUUUAUCAGUGCAAACUCGUUAAUAGCUAUCUGGUAUCGGAUUCUUGUGUCGGAGCAGUUGUGCUCCUCAACACCGUGUGAGUGGAUAUGAUCCCCAUGUGCCCAGACAAAAAGCCCACCCCCUUCGAGUGCAGCAUAUUUCUAAGAAAUGGUCUUUCCAAUCACGAUCUUGGUCUCGCAGUCACCGCUCGAAAACUGCAAGUCUCCCCAGUCCUAAAUGCCUGCACUUGAGUAACUCCAGAAUAUUUCUCGCUGCAUUAACAUCUCGAUUAACAAAAACAUUUUGCCU